UAAGCCUACAGCUGUCACCCGUGAUAAAGAUUAUAAAGGCAGAAAUCCACAUUUCUACGAAGCAGAGGAGUCAUUUUCCGACCAUGUGACCCGGCUCUGUCUGUACAGUAGCUCAGUGUCUCCCUCCUCCAUCCAUCCUGCUACGUCCCGACUCAUCCACCCCUCCUGUCCUGAUCCGCCCUCUCCGCUCCGCGUGCAGCGCUGCUGUAGAUGCUGCAGAGCGGAGCAGACAGUGUUUGAUAGUGAAUGCAGCAGCCGGGGAGGAUAACAACACCCUGACACACACCGCGAAGGACAGCGAUACUUAGUACCCGACAGCAGUCAACACAGAGAGCAGGCAUGGAUAAUAAGGCGCUGGAACCUGAUUCUGUGAGUAUCCCCAUGGAGGAGGCCAUCAUGUGUAAUGGAGGCAGCCAGACACUGGCCCAGCCUCAGCAGCAGCAGGACGCAUCCAAGUUGACUCACCUGAAGAAGGUUGAGAACCAGAUCACGGAAGCGCAGCGCUUCUCCCACCUGCCCAAACGCUUGGCCGUGGACCUAGAGUUCAUUGACCUCUCCUACACCAUUCAGGAGGGACCAUGCUGGAGGAGGAGAGGUUUCAAAGCCUUACUGAAGUGCCUGUCUGGGAGAUUCUGCAAUCGGGAGCUGAUAGGAAUCAUGGGACCCUCUGGGGCCGGGAAGUCCACUUUGAUGAACAUUCUGGCUGGAUACAGGGAAACAGGGAUGAAGGGUCAGAUCCUGGUAAAUGGGAAACCCAGGGACCUUAGGAAAUUCAGGAAAAUGUCCUGCUACAUCAUGCAGGAGGACAUGCUGCUGCCACAUCUCACUGCACGAGAGGCCAUGAUGGUUUCAGCCAACCUGAAGCUGGAUGAAACUAUGGAUGUGAAGAAAGAACUGGUGAAUGAGAUUCUCACUGCCUUAGGGCUUCUCGAAUGUGCUCACACUCGUACCAGCUCGCUGUCAGGGGGUCAGUGUAAACGUCUGGCCAUCGCCCUUGAGCUGGUCAACAAUCCACCAGUCAUGUUCUUUGACGAGCCCACCAGUGGCUUAGACAGUGCAUCAUGCUACCAGGUGGUGUCCCUAAUGCGUUCUCUGGCGCUGGGAGGUCGGACCAUCAUCUGCACCAUCCACCAACCUAGUGCCAAACUGUUUGAGAUGUUUGACAAGCUCUACAUUCUCAGUCAGGGUCAGUGUAUCUACAAAGGCUCAGUCCCCUACCUCAUCCCCUAUCUGAAGACUCUGGGACUUUACUGUCCUACCUACCACAACCCUGCAGACUUCAUCAUUGAAGUGGCAUCAGGAGAGUAUGGAGACUUAAACCCUGUGCUGUUUGAGGCAGUGCAAGGUGGAAUGUGUGCAAUAGAAGAGAAGAAGAACCAGUGUGAUACCAAUGGCCCAUCAGUCUGUGCAACAAAGUACCCCAGGGAUGCUGGACACAUAGAGAGCCAUACGUUUGCCACAAGCACACUAACGCAGUUCUGUAUCCUCUUCAAGAGAACCUUCAUCACUAUAUGCCGAGAUCAGGUUUUGACCCACCUCAGACUGAUGUCCCACAUCUCCAUAGGUGUGUUAAUAGGUUUGCUCUAUCUGAACAUCGGCAAUGAUGCUAGCAAGGUCUUCAACAACACUGGAUUUCUCUUCUUUUCUAUGCUCUUCCUCAUGUUUGGAGCUCUCAUGCCAACUGUGUUAACCUUUCCCCUGGAGAUGUCUGUGUUCCUGAGGGAGCAUCUCAACUACUGGUACAGCCUGAAAGCCUACUACCUGGCCAAGACUAUGGCUGAUAUUCCAUUCCAGGUGAUCUGCCCCAUCAUGUACUGCAGCAUAGUGUACUGGAUGACAGAGCAGCCUCCUGAGGCCAGCCGCUACCUACUCUUCAUUGCCCUGUCCACCUGCACUGCCCUGGUAGCCCAGUCCCUAGGCCUGCUGGUGGGCGCCGCCUCCACCUCACUACAGGUAGCUACAUUUGUUGGACCUGUCACAGCUAUCCCAGUACUGCUUUUCUCUGGAUUCUUUGUCAACUUCGACACAAUCCCCAAGUAUCUGCAGUGGAGCUCCUAUGUGUCUUAUGUCAGGUAUGGCUUUGAAGGGGUGAUCCUCUCCAUCUAUGGGAUGAACCGGUCAGAGCUGGAGUGUCCGGGGAAGGUGUGUAAGUUCCAACAGCCUGAAGAGGUUCUCCAGUUAUUGGAUGUGGAAGACGCAAAGCUCUACAUCGAUUUCAUUGUCCUGGGCAUUUUCUUCAUCAUCCUGCGACUGGCCACCUACCUUGUCCUACGUUACAAGGUGAAGUCUGAGCGAUAGGUUUCGCUUGGCUUGUAUUCAAAACUCAAGGCCCUCUCUAAAACCAUUCCAGACCUGGUCUCUUUUCUGUUCACAGACAACAACCUCGCUCAUGUGGGAAUUUGCUUCAUUUCAUUUUACGCAUUGCUGCUAAAAGGACAGAACAUAAAUUCUGAUCUGUACUACUGCCAACAACUGUGGAGGGCAGCGACUGACGGUGCAGAGCAGUGAAGAGUAAUCUUAUAAAUCAACAUAUACCUGUUUUACCUCAAACAUCAGGACUCUUGUGCACAAAUGCAGAUCAGUGAGGAGGACACCACAAAGAGACUGAGCCACAUUUAGCACAUACUGUACGUUUCAUAUAUAGAAAGGUUUUGAGAACAAGGUGGAUGUGAUAAAAUAACACUUAGCAGAGUGGACAUGCAUGUUUAUUCUACACAGUGUGCUGCCACUCGGUUAGUGUUGGGGUGUUAGAACUUUGGUCCAUGAAACUGCCUCCUUGAGAAAAACAGAGUGUUUACAUUGCUCUAUCAGCCAAAAAAAGAUUACAAACUGUUGCCCUGGAGAGUAAGUGGGAUGUAUUGUGCCUGAAAGACUGAAAAUGAAUGACCAUCAAUGAUAAUCAUGAGAUCAUUACACUGUACACUGGAUGAAAGCAGUUAAGUUUGAGCUAGUUUUUCUUGCAUAUUUUGUCGUCAUAUGACUGAACUGGGGUGACAGUUUGAAGCCACAAAACAUUUAAUUCCUGAAAAAUCAAAUUGUUGUUUGAGCUAGAUGUUUUCUAACAUGUUGAUAGUUGUAAAUUAAGCUUUAUCAUGAUUGCCUUCCGAAAUUUGGUAUUUUUCUACUUCCAUAAUAUAAUCUAAAAUCUGUAAAAUCCUAGUUUAAAUAAAAAUUGUUCAGCCUUAAUCAUUUUAUACUGUGCUAUAUUAUCUCUAACAUGAUGUGAUAUUGCAAUUAUAGAAAUGUAAUUAAGCAAAAUAGAUGAAUUAGUGUAUCAUUAUUGUCCGCACUACAUCCAAUAAUUCCACAAGGACACAACAUACUCAUGUAGUCAUGUUUGGUGCUAUCUGAAGUUUCAUGUUGUAUUUGAUUUACAUGUAAAAAUUGUAUGCAUCUGGACUGCACAUUACAAGGAUACUGAGCACUUGGAGACCAACCAAAGAGAAUUAAUUGUAACUGGAAGUAUGUUCACAUUAUAUUUACUAUGUAUAGUCUUUCUGUUGUUUGUUUUUUUUGUUUGUUUGUUGCGCGGGGACUUACAGCUUAACUGUACUGUACAGCGAUGUAAAG